AUGGAAAAAGAAUGGAGAGUCAUGGCAUUUAGAAUUUCUAAAUGUUUUGAGUUGUUCGACCACUCGGCUAAGAGCAGGUCAAAUGGCUUUGAUAAAUUGUUGGAUAUUUUUCCAAUGAAAUUUUAUCAAGAAGAAAAAACUAUACUUAUUUGAAAUAAAUAUUUCCUAUUAAGAUAAAAGACAAUAACUUUAAUUUUUAUGAAAAUAAGAUAAAGACUAAUCAACAGAAAUAUUCAUAAUAAAUAGAUAUAAAAGAAUUCAUGACAAUGAAAUGCUUAAUCCUCUGUGAAUUAGCAAAACCUUUGGAAAAAUCCUUUUUGGGUAAGCCCCCACCUUCCAUGAGACAGGAAAAAAACUUUGAUAAUUAGCUAUAUUUUAAAAACAUAAAUUUUCAAAUAUAAAUAAUUUUUACUUUGAAAAAAUACAAUUAAUGUAAAUUUAUUUAAAAAAAUUAACCAAGAAUUUUUUGUGUGCACAUAGAGUGAGGCGGGGAGUUAAAGAAAAAGUUAAAGAAAAAAGAGAGAAAAUUAAACAGUUAGAAGAGUUUUCAGAAAGGCUAAAAAAAUCUAGGUUUGAAAGGAAAAUCAGAUUCUAUAAGAACGCUUAUGAUGCUAGAAAUAGCAAGCUAAACCACUAUAGAGAAAUGGCAAACAAUAAGCCAAUCAAAGUGGAAACUCAAAGCAGGUUGCAGUUAACUUUAAAGACAGAGCCAGGGCGCUUUACUGAUUUGUUUGAGCUUACUGGGAUUGAUGAGCGAGCAAAAACUCCAAAUCCUAGUAAAUCAAGAUUCGGGAAGAGGACUCAAUCUACGCAUCGGUAUAGAUUCAAGUCCAAUGCUUCUGCUUCUUUAACCAGAUCUAUAAAUUAA